UUGUUCAGGGUGAACCGACUAUGCUGUGACUUUGCUUUGACUCUGCAUGGCUAUGGACUACAGGCAAGAUUAGGUGGAAUAGAGCUGGUGGAUAGACUACAUACAGGUAUAGAGGGCCAAUACCUGGAGAUUCUCAGUUCAAAGUCCGAGUCUGACCUUAUGAUGCUCACCUAUCAAAGAGUGGAACCUGAGUGUCCUGAUUUUGCUGGAGUUUAUCAAAGUCGCGAGCAUGAUGUCAUACUAAAAGGAACCAAUCUGAGUGUGGUGUUUGAUAGAAAUGCUGUUCUGUACUUGAAGGGUUUUGUGGAACAGUUGUUAGCGAGGAUCCAACCACCAAUUACUGAGACAGCUAUCCCAGCAGUCCCUCCAGAGGAGGACAAGGCAUCCCAGCAGCCUAGUAUAUUCUCUACAAUGAUGGAAACUGCCACUGAACGUCCAGAGCCAGGGGGCACUAAGGUGAAUGUGGCGACAUCUUUUGAUGAACUUGCAAUUAAGUUGUGCAAUGAUGAAACCCGCUUUGCUGAGAUACAUAUAAAAGGAAUGGAAGGCAAGGUACAAGUCAAGUACACACGCACUAUAUUACAAGGCAGGCUCAAAGAUAUUACAAUAGAUGACUCCAGAUCUGAAUAUUAUCCAAAGAUUCUAGCCAUAGAGGACAACAGUGUCUUCGAUCUGAAAGUUGUUAUAAACAAUACUUCUCCACAACCCCCUGGAGACAAUAAGAAUAAGCCAAGGGAAAGAGAUUCAAACAAGAAGCUUGGAAUAGAUGCCAGUGUUAAACUAAGAAUUGGACGCAUCUACGUGGUCUACUUGAACAAAUUCAUCAUGGACAUAGUGGAUUAUGCUGAACCUUUCUACAACCCAGAGUACACACAGUCUGCUACUAAAGCUGCAAGACAAGCUGUUGCUAGACAGGUCCAGGAGAUUCAAACCAGAGGAAUGUGUGUAUCACUCAACUUAGAUGUGAAGGCUCCCACAGUUCUUGUACCUCAGAAUUCCAAAUCUGCAAAUAUCAUACUGUUAAAGCUGGGAGACCUGAGCCUUAAGAACUACUUUGAGCAAAGUAAGAUGUUGAAAGGAAACCAGUCAUAUGAUCACAUCUAUAUGCACCUGGACUAUGUAGAAAUUACAAGGGCUGUACUAUCCAUGGGAGGAAAGGUGGAACCUGUACAUACAAUAGUCGAACCCAUACGUAUGAGGGUUGAUGUUAAACGUGCCAUAAAACCUGUCAUAGUUGAGACAGGAAUUGACAUAUCAGGCAGUCUACAGGAGAUUAAGGUUAACUUGACACAGCAAGAUUUGAAGAUUGUCAUGGCAACACUUAGAGAGAACCUCUCUGAUGGAUCUCCACAGUUAAAACCAGAGAGCAAUGAGGUGUUUCUGCCUGAUAUAGCUGAGGAGACUGAGGAGUCGACUGAUGCCACUGUGUCACCAAGGGUGAACACUGAGCCUGGGGGUCAAACAAAGGUCAGCUUCAUUAUGGAUGGAAUGAUCUUGACCUUGAAAACUGAUGUAAAACAGGGCGACUUAAUGAUCAUGUCACCGGGGUCUGGCAAUACAUCUGAUGGUUUGUCAAGGUUUGAAAUUGGCCGCAUUGACAUGUCAGUUUUCAUGAAUCCUGACACUUCCAUGGAAGUAGGCAUCAGACUGCAGUCUCUUGCCAUGGAUGAUAUACGCCCUGACAGUCAGCUUGCUAUCAAGAGGAUAUUGCAGUCUCAUCUUGACCUGGCCCACCCUCAACAAAAGAAAGCUGACCUGCCCCCUAUGGUCGAUUUUACUUAUUUACAGGACCCAAAUGGAAAUAUGAAUGUUGCCCUUAACAUGGAGAGAAUGCGGGUGAAUGUCUGCAUUAAAUACUUCAUGACAAUUAUCCAGUUAUUUACUGGAGCAUUUGAAGAUGCCACCCCUGCUCCGACCCCUGAACCCCCUGCUCCUAUCCCCAGGAUUCGUGAAUCUCGCAGACUUUCCGCUCGGGAUAGCAUGCGACGGAGUAUGCGGGGUAGUAUGUGGGUUGACCCAGUGCAACUUGAAGAGAAGCAGGCAACUUUAAGAAUUCGUGGAGAGAUCAAACAUCCAGAGAUUGUCCUAUUUGCCAACCCCAGUGAAAAACAUAGUAGAGUGCUUGUCAUGAAAACAAAUAUAGUGUAUGACUAUGAGCAGAUUGGUGAGAAGAUGAGAGUGACUGGAUCAAUGGCAGAUCUACAAAUCAUAUCUGGUGUAUAUGGAAAGAAACAGGAAAUCUCAUAUAAGGUGCUGUUGCCAUGCAACAUUGAGGUAGAGAAAGCAUUUGCCUCAGAAAAGUCAGGUCUAAAUAUUGAUGCCAAACUGUCCAAGAUCAACCUCCAUCUGUCUGUUACCACAGUCAACAUCAUCCUUGGAGUCAUAGAGGCAAUUAAUGCACCUGUCCAGCCUGUUGUAGAAAAGGAGGAAUCGACCAAAGAGAAAACAGAUGAUACAAACUUGUGGAAUGUCGUCCCUGUUACUCAAGACAAGUGGCUCACUAAACAAGAUCCACCGAGGAAAGCCUCGACGUUCCCAAGCCCAGCAGAAAAUUUGAGUCUGGAGACGUUGACACUCUCUGCCCCUGAGGUUAUUGUUAUGUAUGAGAGUGAGGCUCGUAAUUGGCAUGUCCCUAUGCUGUGUCUGCAGACAUCCUUACAGGGUGAUCUACAUGAUUGGUCACGUCAGAUGUGGCUCCAAGCAGAGUUGCAUCUUCAAAUGAGUUUCUUCAAUGAGAAGCUUGCCAUGUGGGAGCCUCUCAUUGAGCCUGUCAUGGAGUAUGAAGACCACUACAGGCCGUGGGAGAUGCUCUUUAAGAUGAUCCAAGCUGAGAGCCAUCCCAUAACAUCAGAAGUUGCCCAGCCAAAGUUCCAGGCCAGAGAUGAAGUAGAUUCACAUGUCCAUAAACUCAUGUGCCGUGCAAGCACCCGUAGGUCUACUAGAGUGCCACCUAUUCCUGAGACAGAAACUGAGACAACGGAAACUGAAACGGAGAAUGAAAUGACAAUUGUGCGCCCUCUAUCGAGACGGAAGAAACUCAGUUCAAGAUUCAGGCGAAAAAAGAAAGCUGACAUUGUGGACGAUAAGGAUGAAAGUGAAACAGAAUCGGAAAAUGAGAAUGUGGAUAAAGGGCUGCUUGAUAAACUUGGCCACCUGUUUACGAGCGACAGUAGCGAAGAUGCGGAUGUAUCAGAUCAGGAAGAUGAAGUGUCCAUACCACAAACAUCGCCUGUGUUUCUACACAAGAGUCGUGAAGCACAAGACUCUGUGUCAUCAGAAGUUGAUGUGGUUGAUGGUGGGGCACUGGACACAGAGCCAUCUGGUGGUGAAGUGUCUCCUGUUGAGCCAGUUGAUAUGUGCACCUAUCUAGUGGUAGACUCACGGGAUAUGUUACUCCUCAACCUUACCCCCCAGGCCAUGGACAUACUCUUAGAUGUCUCACAGACAUUCUCUAGUGGACCUAAAGAAUUGUCUAAGUCAGUACUAGACUUGCCCAUGUUUGAAAUGACCAGCCAUCUUGGUAUUGGAUGUAAAGCAAACUUGACUCUACAUAGGUCAAUUAAGGCAGGUAAAGAACAUCUUCAUAACCUGACCCGAGUGGAUAAACCUGACUUUGAUGAUGAGGUAGAUGGAGGGUUAAAGGUCAAGGACACAGACAGUGAUGAAGAUGAAGUGGACGGCCUUGGGUUCAUCGCUCGUGCCCUAGCUGGGGUGGGACAUACCGCUAUAUCUGCUGGGGCCUUCAUUUCACCUGAUGACGAUAUAAACCCUCAUGGUACACAUACUGAAGUCCAGCCAGAUACUAUGCACUUAGAGAUAGAUGGCUUUAGUGACUUGUACAAUUUGUCACACAGAAAGGCUGUGAAACAUCUUAUACCACUCUCUCCUGAAAAGAAUCUCACUCGCUAUGUGGUAAUGUUGGAAGUUGAUGUUAAACAUGGCAAGAAACAAGUCACAAUACGAUCUCCAUUACAGCUGUAUAACCAUCUUACGAUACCGGUCGAUGUUUAUUGUCUUACGGAACAUUUGAAAGUGAGGCUUGGAGACGAAGUGCCAUCUGGUGAGGAGAAAAUGCAUCUUGCCACACUUGAGCCAGGUCAAAGUUUCCCAGUUCCACUUUAUGCUGCCUACCACUGUAGACUGUUCAUAGCACCUACAGAAAAGGGGUACCAGCAAAGUUAUAAUGGUUUAUGGUGGGCAGACUUGUGUGAUGCUACUGGGAAGGAUAAAUACUUUCACUGUCUCUCACUAGAGGGCGAAAAGAAACCAUUCCAUUUCAAGGUUGAGUGUAUGCCUGGUGAAACUAGUAAGAAGUCUACUCUAGGCCUGCCUAAAGCUAUGACUAUACCACAUUAUGACAUUCACCUAUAUCCCCCAGUAAGACUACAUAACUACCUGCCAUAUGAUGUGCAGUAUAGUGACCAGGUCACAGAAGGAUUAGAAGCAGCUUCUAUAAAUCAGGGGGAAAAUGUAUCUCUUCAUACGGUUGACCUCCAUAAAGGUGAACAACUGAAUAUAAAGGUCCUAGAUUACAUGAGGCUUGAAUGGUCUGGCACAUUGGAUAUUGCAGCAGAUAGUUCAGAUAAGAAAACAAUACAAAUGAACAUUUCUGACCCUGAAAUAGAAGCUAAAAAUAAACAGUUAAACUUGGAAGUGUCAAUCAAGCGUGAUGUCACACUAGAUGUGUUUAUUUACUCCCCCUAUUGGAUCAUCAACAAAACUGAGCUUCCUGUGCAGAUUAGGGGUAGCACAUCAGAUAUCAUCUAUGAGAGCUGUGGCUCAUGCGAACCUGUCUUGUUUGGAUUCAGCAAGAGCAAGAAAAAGGCUAAGUUGAAGGCGUAUAAUUCCAAAUGGUCCAAGACGUGUUUCUCUCUAGAUACAGUGGGCAGUAGUGGAGUUGUGAUAUGUACAGACUCUGAGAGGAACCGAAGAUACCAUAUGCUGGUUCAGAUUCAGAUGUCAAAGUUAAAGUUGACAAAGCUUGUCACUAUCAUGCCAUACUUCUUAGUUGUCAAUCAAACGACCCACAGACUUCGAUACAUGGAAGAAACAAUGGAUACUGAACUCUGGUUGGACAUUGGACCAGGAGAGUGUACACCGUUCUGGCCAGUUUCGGAGGCUAUGCGGAUGUUUGUGAAACAUGAAGAUAGUAAUGUGACAUCACAGGUGUUUGUUAUCAACCAACCACACAACACUGUGUUGAGGAUGGAUAAAGGGACUGGGUUAGUUGUAGAGGUUGAUGGAGGAACAGAAUCUGCUAUGACCGUCACAUUCCAGCAUUAUGACCCUGGGGAUGCACCUGUUCGGGUAGAAAACCUUUGUGAUGACAUCUUCAUCAAGCUUCAUCAAAAGAGUCAAAGCCAGGUGACACUGCUGUCACCAAGACAAGCUGUCUUGUAUACAUGGGAUGAUCCUACUACUGAGAGGACACUCUUCUGGAAUAUAUACAACAGGAAGAAACCAAGCUACCCUGCAUUUAUUAACAAAGAUGGACAUGGAGAAGUUGCCAUGAGUAUAACAACAGUAAGACGUAGCAGCAUCAUAGAUACGUCUACAGGCAGUACUACUAUGUUAGACAGCUCCCCUGAUGAUGACAGUGAGUUGGAAACUACAGCUCUGGUGAACUCAAAUGGUGCCGCAUCUCAAACGAAGACUGACAAAGUGAUCAUAUACUGGGUGUCCUAUUUAGAUGGAUUACAGAGAGUUCUGCUACUCACCCAAGAUGAGAGGGUAGCAACUAAAGCCAGACAGAACAACGAUAGUGAGCCUUCCCAGCAAGCCAUGUUUGUCUCACUAGGAGGCGUUGGGGUAUCUAUCGUUAACAGUCUAUAUAUGGAAGUUGCGUAUAUGAGCCUCUCAAGUGGUGCCUCCACUUGGCAUGUUCAGGUGAAAGAUAAAUGGAAACUUCUGAGCCUUGAAGAUGCAUGUUGGUUAGAGGAUAAAUGGCGUAAUGAUGUAACUGGUGACAUCACUCUUGACGAUAAACGACAGGCGAAUGUUGGCCAGAUGAAGAUGAUGAAACCAUAUGCCGGCUGCCUACGUCGCACACACAGACCUGCCAUCUGGUUUCAGUACAGAACAUCUGAGCACCAUACCAACCUAAACAUCAAGAUACACAGAUUACAGAUUGACAACCAACUCCCUGAUGCCUACUUCUCAUCAGUUCUCUACCCCUCCCCUACCCCAAAGUACAUUGCCAAGAGGGAGGGGACUAAGCCAUUUAUAGAGUUGGCUGUCAUGAGGCGACAUGUGCCAGAGAAUAAUGUGGACACAUUCAAGUACAUUAAGUUGCUGGUGCAAGAGUUCAACAUCAAACUGGAUAAAGGUUUCAUGCUGUCUCUCUAUGAUGUGGCUGCUCUGCUAUGGGCUGAAGAAGCAGAGAGUGCCAUGCUCCAAGCUGAUCUUACAGUGGUUAAAAGGUCAUUAAAAGAUGUUGCUGAUGUACAGGGAUCCAUCAGACCUCAAAAGAUGUUCUUUGAAUACUUGCACUUCUCACCAUUGAAGAUGAGAAUAAGUUUCUCACUAGGGGGCACUGUCUACAAAACACAACCAACAGAGCCAUCUAUUAAAUCUGACAUUGUUGACUUCUUCCUCAACUCUGUUGGGGUCACUCUGACUGAAAUACGACAAGUGGAAAUAAGGCUUGCUUUCUUUGAGCGAAGGGGUGUGUCCAUGUCAUAUAAUCAGGUGACAUCAGCCAUCCAAUCACAUUACACCUCACAGUUCAUACAGCAGGCCUAUGUGUUAAUACUUGGCCUAGAUGUAUUAGGUAACCCCUAUGGACUCAUAAAAGAUUUCACUAAAGGACUUGGUGACUUCUUCUAUGAACCCUUCAUGGGAUCUACUCAAGGGGUUGAUGAGAUGGGAGAGGGACUGAUUAGAGGAGUACAGAGCUUACUUGGCCAUACUGUGGGUGGAGCAGCUGGUUCUGUUUCGCUGAUCUUUGGCUCAGUGGGAAGAGGUUUAGCAGCACUAUCUUUCGACGAAGACUACAAGCGAAAAAGACGCCUGCGUAUGACACAACAGCCUCGUCAUCUCCCAGAGAGCCUCUACCUGGCAGGGAAAGGAUUUGUCAUGGGGGUAGGGCUUGGGGUGUCAGGGAUCGUGGUUCAACCCCUCAGAGGUGCCCAGGAAGAAGGUGCUGAAGGUUUCUUUAAGGGGGUCGGAAAGGGACUCCUUGGCCUCAUCACAAAACCUACAGGUGGAGCAGCUGACAUGGUGUCAAUGACAUUUGAUGGAAUAAGAAGAGCUGCAGAGAUGGGCGAGGAUGUUGUAGUGAGGCUCCGUCUACCCCGCCAUAUUCACCCGUGCCUUGGUCUGAAACCAUACUCCAUCUAUCAGGCAAUUGGGAAACAAAUCUAUUUUACAGCGACCAAGAAUAAGUACAGUGACACUUACUGGGCGCAUGCACCAUUAAGUUUAGAAGAAAGAGCUGAUGUUGUCAUAGUAACAGAUGGUCGAGUGAUUCUCCUGGAAAGGUGUCGUUUCUGGGGCGACUGGGAUAUAGAGUAUGAAGUCCUAUUGGAUGACAUCGUAGCAACACCCGCCAUUGUAGACAACAAACUUGUAUUCAAAGUUAAAAAAGAAGACUCUAUGCUGAAUCUGUUCAGUAGUAGCCAAAAAGAGAUAAAGGGCGAACCCCCAGAUGUGUUGCUAUGUGUUUUAUAUAAACCUGAAGGGAAAUGUGCAAUGUUUAGAUGAGAUACAGCUUGAAUCUUAAGGUCGAGGGACUUUUUGUAGGGAUAUGGAUUUGACAUCCUGAUUUAAGUUGUCAUAAUUGCUUCAAAGUGCAAAGUAGCAUAGGCAAUGUAACAGCUAGUAAAGAAUAAAGUCAAUAGUUAGAAUACAUGGAGAUGAUAGAGGUAGAUGUAGGUCCUUUGACGUUUGUAUUAUAUAAUAACCAGGGACCUGUUUUUUUGAAAAUAUUGUGAAUUACAAUUUGUGAAAUUCAAUUGUCUCUUAUGAUAUUAUUUUGACAGUUACUGUAAUUGAAAAUAGGAACUGUCAUUGAUGAUACUUUCCAGAAAUUGGCUCCUCGUAUAAAGCAUGAUUGAUGCUUUCAAAAUUCCUUAUGAUGUGUUUCAGCUCUAAACUUUGAAUUUUGAAUAUUGAUGUACAUUGUAUAUGUAUGUAUAGAAAAAAUGUUAAAUCUAUAUUUUUAUGAGUGAGAUUAAGUCUUUCUCAAAUAGUUAUUCUUACUUGAUUGUUUAUUUACAUUUAUUUAAUGUAUAUCCAGUUAAUAUUUAUAUAUAUUUGUCAAAGCAUGGCCAUUUUAGAGAAAGACCACUGUGAAAGUGGAAUAAUGAAGAAAAUGUACCUGUAAAUGUAUUCGAAAAAACAGUGUAUUUGAGUCUGCAUUUUGAGUACACUGUGCGCUUUAUUGGCUCCAUUAAUAUUGAGUAUUGUAUUCAUUAGUCGACACAUUAUUUGAAAUCCAAGCAACUUUUACAUAAUGAAAUCCUUAUCUACAUUAUCAAAUCAAAAAGCAACAUGAGUAAUUCUGCAAUUUUAAAGUGAAUUUCAGACUAUUUGGCGCAGUUACCAUGUAAUUUACCCUUACUUCUGAAAAAUAGCUGACCUGGAUCAGAGCUAAGUGGUCCUUGGCUGGUGCCUUUGUCGCAUUUCCUUUGUCACAUUCAGGAUAAGUGUGACAGAGUCACCAGUGUGUUAUAUAUCUUACUGAAUAAUUAUAUCUAUAUAAGUAUAUAUAAGUAAAUCUGUGAUAUAGCAUGUAUAGGCCUAUAGAUAUAGAAAUAAUAUCUACUGUUCGUAUAUGUCAUUAGUAAGUUAAACAUGUUUAAUACAAUGUAUUAAUUACAAUGUAUUACACUGUAUUUACAAUGUAUUAAUUACAAUGUAUUAAU